AAUCAGACAAAUGAAACAACAUUUCAAAGGCUUGACUUUUCGCUUUCACUGAUGUUGAUAUCCAUCCCCUUAUCGAGAGCAAUGGUAUUACCUUCAUAAAUUGUUUUGGAAAUUGGUUAUAUAUGGACCACCAUGUCCUAGCCUUCUUGUUCCCUCAAGGCAGCCAUGGCAAGUGCUUUUGUUUGGCAGAUAUACUUAUUGUUUCUCAUGCUUAGCCAUGGUGUUCUUGAGCUUGAAGCAUCCCACAUUGUUUACAGAAACCUUCAAACCCUUCAACCAACAUCACCAAACCAAACUUACAGAACGUCUUAUCACUUCCAACCUCCCAAGAACUGGAUGAAUGACCCCAAUGGGCCCUUGAUUUACAAAGGAAUUUACCAUCUAUUCUACCAGUACAAUCCAUACGGUGCAGACUGGGGUAACAUAGUAUGGGCUCACUCUACAUCAGAAGAUCUUGUAAAUUGGAUCCCCCAUGAGCAUGCUAUCUAUCCAUCCCAACAAUCUGAUAUCAAUGGUUGCUGGUCGGGUUCUACGACUAUCCUCCCUGGGGACAAACCGGCCAUUCUCUACACCGGAAUAGACCCACAGAACCAACAAAUACAAAACCUUGCUGUGCCCAAAAACCUCUCUGAUCCAUACCUUACUGAGUGGGAUAAGUCCCCAAACAAUCCACUAAUGGCACCAACUACAAUCAAUAAAAUCAAUGCUAGCUCAUUUAGAGAUCCAACCACAUCUUGGCUAGACCCUGAUGGUAGAUGGAGGGUGAUCAUCGGAAGCAAAAGGAAUCAUCGAGGACUAGCAAUUCUCUACAGAAGCAAAGAUUUUAUUCACUGGACUAAAGCUCAGCACCCUCUUCAUUCAGCUAAUGGAACAGGAAUGUGGGAAUGCCCUGAUUUUUAUCCAGUUUCCACCAGCCGAAGUGGUUUAGACACAUCAGUGAUUGGUUUAGGCAUUAAACAUGUGCUUAAGGUGAGCUUGGAUGAUACUAAACAUGAGUACUACACAAUUGGAACAUAUGACCACAUCAAGGAUAUCUAUAUUCCGGAUAAUGGUUCCAUUGAUAACGAUUCGGGUUUAAGGUAUGAUUACGGGAAGUUCUAUGCUUCAAAGACUUUCUAUGACGGAUUGAAGAAUCGAAGGAUAUUAUGGGGCUGGAUCAAUGAAUCUUUGCCACAACCUGAGUAUGUUAAACAGGGAUGGUCUGGAGUUCAGGCAAUUCCAAGGCAUCUUUGGCUGGAUAAAUCUAGACAGCAACUGGUGCAAUGGCCAAUAGUAGAGAUUGAAACGCUUCGAACAAACCGAGUUGAUUGGCCUAGCACAGUGCUUAAGGGAGGAUCAAUGCUUGAAGUUUCAGGUAUCACUGCUGCACAGGCGGAUAUAGAGAUAUCAUUUGAGGUACCAGAGCUUGAAAAGGCAGAUGAACUGGACCAAAGUUGGACUAACCCACAGACACUAUGUAGCCAAAAGAAUGCAUCAAUAAAAGGUGAGCUAGGACCAUUUGGAUUAAUGGUUUUGGCUUCGAAGGAAUUGCAGGAAUACACUGCAGUGUUCUUCAGAAUCUUCAAAGGUCAAGACAGAUAUGUGGUGCUGAUGUGCAGUGACCAGAGCAGGUCUUCACUGAAUCAAAAAACUGACAAGACCACUUAUGGAUCUUUCAUUGAAGUGGAUCCAAUCCAUGAACCUCUGUCUCUCAGGAGCUUGAUUGAUCAUUCUAUAGUGGAGAGCUUUGGUGGGGAGGGAAAGGCUUGCAUCACUGCUAGGGUUUAUCCCACCAUGGCGAUCGGUGAUGAAGCACACUUGUAUGCAUUCAAUACUGGAAUGGAGAGUGUACAAAUCUCAAAAUUGAGUGCUUGGAGCAUGAAAAGAGCUCAGAUCAAUUGAAAACUUUCAAGUAGGAUGGCAUCAAAAUCACGAUAUGACAAUAAUUUGAAUUCUAUCUUGGAAGAUUUUGAUAAUCUGACAAUUAUGCAAAUAAACUAACAUUGCCACUAUUGUCUCUCUUCCGCAAGCUUCAGCUGAUAGAUGCACUGAUAAGCAUUGAUGUUGGAAUAACUCAAUUUGGA